GUCCGUGUUUGAACCUCGGAAUAACGCUACGCUGCGAGCUGCUUUUUCUGUAGCAUUUAAAUCAGUAAAGAUUUAAGGAGUACCCUUAUAUUUUUAUUGAUUUUCUGUGAAAACGUGAUGUUGAAUUAUAAUCACGUAUAAGUUUAUUUUAGCUUUAAAGUUUAAUGUUUUUUGAGAAUAAAAAUUAUAUGUGUGCAUAAGUAAGGUCGCAUCGCGAGUGAUUAAACAUGAUGAAGUUAUUUGCGUUGGUUCUACUAAUUGCGGCGACUGUGAACAGUCAAUGCUUCUAUAAAGACGAUUCUUCUAAGAAAUUAGACCCUGCCGCACGGACUUCGUUAUAUAGAGGACAAUUAGAGUUCACACUGAACCUGUUCAAUAAGAUCAACAAGCAAGUACCAGAUGACAACAUCUUCUUUUCCCCGUUUUCGGUGUAUCACGCACUAUUACUCGCUUACUUCUCCGCCGGUGGACACACAGAAAAGUCGUUGAAGCAAUCGUUACAAAUAGACGAGCAUCUGGAUAAAAUAAACUUGAUGACAGCAUACAAAGUGGAUAAACGAUCCCGGUUGACUAAUAACAACAGCGAAAGUUAUGAGUUUGUAAGCGCCAACAAAUUAUUCCUCGACAACCAACUUGAAGCUCGUCAGUGUCUACUUGACCUGUUUGGAGAAGAAUUGGAAAAACUUAAUUUCCACGAAAAUCCUGUUAUGUCCCGUGAAUACAUCAAUGAGUGGGUUUCUCGUGUCACCAAAAAUAACAUCAAAGACUUAUUGCCCAUAGAUGGUAUAACAGAAAAUACUAAAUUAGUACUUGCCAACGCAGCAUACUUCAAAGGUGUUUGGGCAUCUAAGUUCCCCGCUGAGAGGACAAAAAAGGAAGCAUUCUUUGUAUCUGAAACGCGUCAAACUCUGGUACCUUUCAUGAAACAGAAAGGUACCUUCCACUACAUGGUUAGUGAUGAACUAGGAGCGCAGAUAUUAGAGCUCCCGUACAAGGGCAAUGACAUCAGCAUGUAUAUCUUACUCCCUCCUUACUCAAUGAAAGAAGGAGUAACUAAUAUAAUUGCAAACUUGACACCUGAACGUCUGGCAGCUGUUGUUGAAGAGAGCUACAUGGGGCGCGAAGUCAUCGUUGAAAUACCCAAAUUCACUAUGGAAAGAAAUCUUCCACUAAGAGGGAUUUUGGAAGACUUAGGAGUUGGCGAUGUCUUCAACGCGACUGCAGACUUCAGUACGCUAACAGAACAGAAAGGGAUUCUUUUUGACGAUGCCGUACAUAAAUCAAAAAUUCAACUUGAUGAAGAAGGCACAGUAGCUGCAGCGGCAACGGCUUUGUUCGGUUUCCGCUCGUCGCGGCCGCUCGAGCCAACGCGUUUUGUUGCUAACUUCCCCUUCGUCUAUCUGAUUUAUGAGCGCCCCACCAAUUCUGUUCUCUUCAUGGGUGUUUACAGGGAUCCUAAAAAAUAGAUUUCUUUAAUUUGCACAUUUUUAUUAUAAUUUUAAUAUAAAGAUACUUUAAAAGGGAUCGUCAGAGCCGAGGUAGAUUCCGUCCAUAAGUCCUGCUGUGUGUGUAUUAGUAUGUAAUAGGGCAAGAGGCAAGAGACAAAACACGUUUUUGAUUGCUUUAAUUUUUAAAAUAUCCACAUAAAUAAUUUUUUAAAGUUUACUAAAAUUGUAUUUUUAGUAGCGUGGACAGAUAUGCAGUGGCUGUUAUUUUAUUUUAGAAAUAUAGAAAAUGUUUAUUGUAAUUAGGUAUUUUAAGAAGUAGACUUGUAUAAUUGCUUAUUAUUUAUUUUUCAUGUAGAUAUAAUUAUGGACUAUUGUGAAGUUAUAUAAAACUACAUCUUUACCUAAUCUAAUAGUAUAUAUGUGGUUUGGAUAUAAUUUCACAUAUUUUUUUUAAAUGCAUUAUUUAUAGACAUUCUUUUUUUUAUUUUAGUUAAUUUAUUUUUGUUGACGUAUUCGCUAUCAAAAUUACCAAAACUGAGCAUCAUUAAUGGACACAGUUUUACUUUUUUUUUUCAAUAAUAAAUAUUAUUAUAUAAUUUAUUUAAUUAUAAAUUGUAAACAAAUACCGAUAUUCUAAUUUUUUAUUAAAAUAUGAAUAAUUAGUUAUAAGUUAACAUUAAAUUUAAAAGAUUAUAUUUUGUGAUUUAUUAUUAUAUCAACUUUCGUCAAUUUGCCGAAGGAUAAACAUACACUUAUUUUUUAUUUGUACUCAUUUACUUCUUUUAUCUAUUUAACAUACAAAGACCUAUAUUAUCUAAGAACAAUAACUAGGAAUGAAAUAGGUAGAGGACUGAUGAACGGGUAUGAUCUAAUACACAGAUUAUAAUUAAUUGAUAGAUAAAUUUUGUACAAUAAAUUAAGUUUUUGUAUCUAAUUUUAUCUGACUCAUAUGGAUACAAUUUAGUUUUUAAUUUAUAGAAAGAAACAUACUUAUUUAUCCAGCCAAAAAGUAUGAAAUGAAAUAAAUAAUAUGCAUUUUCAUUGCCGUACUUAAGGUUAUUUUCCAGAGUUAUUCUUAGUAGUUAGCGUAAGCUGUACAUAUGUAGAUUUACAUUAUGACUGUAUUCACGUUUACUUCAAUUUUAAUUUACGCAUAGUUAGCUAUAUUUCCAGUAAACUCAGACAUAAUGUAAGUCUUUGUAUAACUCAAAAUAACCGUUCUGUAUACAAUCUACGAACUUACUUACACUACCUAGCGUUAUAAACAUUUCAGAAAGGUAAUUAAAUGCAAUUUAAUUAUUACUAGAUAAAUAGAUAGUAACAAAAGCGGAGAUUCGAUCUUGAUUAUUUAAAUAUGUUUUUUACUAUAUGGUGACAGAGUUGUUACUUUGGAUAAUGCUCUUAGUAUUCAUCCAUAAGACAUUAUUAGAAAUUAUAUAGGAACAUGGAACAAUACGCCAAUGCACGAAAAGAAAAACUGAAAAAUAUAAGUCAAGCCAUCCGGUCAGCUUGGUUAUACUAAGUUUUUAUAAAAGUUUGAAAUACCUACAUAACCAGCAGAGAUAAGUGGAGAUAACGUUGUCUGUUCUAUAUAUUUUUUUUGUAUUAACGUUUACUUUCAGCAUCAUUGUUACAUAUUUCUUCUAGACUGAAAAGGAAAGCGGAUGGACCUCGCUCAUCCCAGAAUUGUCUAGUGCUUACUUCCAAUCCCUCUGGAAAAUCUUAAAUAUGCCAUAACCUUUCUAUUAGAUAUACUUAAUAUUAUAGAUAACAUAAUAAAAAUAUUUUCUUAUUUUGUUUUGUUUGCCCUCUGCAAAUUAGAAAAAAUAUCUAAAUGAAAUUGAUCCAGUAGUAUAUUUAUUUAUACUACUGUAUUAUUUGCAAUAUUAUUAGAAAUAUUUGACACUUCAAUACAAAUAAACCCAAUCCAUGCCCGACAUCGGGCAGCACUUGGUAUUAGAAAGUGAACAGAAUAAGUAUUCAGAGUACUCGAAUAUGCAUAUAGAUGAAAUCAAAUUUCUUUUUAAUUAUCACUGUUGUAAUAAUGAAGUCACAAAAUCACAGAUGAGACUGAGAGACAGUAAAAAUCCUAAAGCAUUGCUUAAGAAACUGCGCUUUUCUGCUAAAUACUAAUUUUCUUUACGAAUUUUUCUUCUUUUAUUCUAUUAAAUAAAAAAAAUCUGUUUUUUUUUUACAGAAUCAAAUAUAAAUAUACAUAAAACGAUUUUUAACACAAAAUGCAUUAUAUCCUAAUUUAACACUAUAUCUUAGACCUAAAUAGUGGCGAAUGACAAUGAAUAGAUCAUAUCUACGUAAAAAAUAAGUUUACAAACAAAUGUAUUAUUAGAAAUCUUACCUGGCUUCACAUAAGUAGAUAGAAUUUUCGAAAAAUAAUAUAUAGCCUACCUUUUUCAUUGAUAAUUGAGCUUUCUAUAAAUGAAAUCAUUAUUAAUAUUGAUUUAGUAGUUUUUGAGUUUACACUACAUUUACCAUUACAAACAAACGAUCAAGUUUUUCCUCUUUAUAAUAUUUAUAUAGGUACGUGUAGUAUCUUACAUUUAAUUUUUUUACUUUUACAUAAAAUAUGUAUAUAUGGAUAAGUUAAAAUAGCUUUGGGCAUGUAACGUCAUCUUAUAAACGAGAUCUUGAACUUAGAGCACUAGACAUUUGAUAGACGUACUUAAAUUUCAUUUUUUAAUAUUGCAUUUUUACGUGCUCUGUUUGCCAAAAACUUUCGAAAGUUCUCUUAACGUCUAAUAAAUAAAAUAUUCCAAACAUUGAUGUAGGUAUGAUAUGAACUUAUAUUAAAGUGAUAACUGGAAAA